GGGCUCGCCGCCUGCAGCAGCCGCAGCACCGCGACCUGGAGCCCCGCGCGGGCUAUGGCUGUGCCCGGGGGCUGAGCGCGCAGGCUGUGUGACCGAGAUUCCCGACGAGAGAGACUGAGAAGAGAGGAAGGAGGGGCGGGCUCCUGGCAAGGCAUCCGCUCCUGAACUGAGUCCUGCAAAAGAUGGAGAAGGAAGAGGACACGACCCGGGAGCUGCUGCUGCCCAACUGGCAGGGCAGCGGCUCCCACGGGCUGACCAUCGCCCAGAGGGACGACGGCGUCUUUGUGCAGGAGGUGAUGCAGAACUCCCCUGCGGCCCGCACUGGGGUGGUCAGAGAGGGGGACCAGAUUGUGGGUGCCACCAUCUACUUUGACAACCUGCAGUCAGGCGAGGUGACCCAGCUGCUGAACACCAUGGGGCACCACACCGUGGGCCUGAAGCUGCAUCGCAAGGGGGACCGCUCCCCUGAGCCUGGCCAGACGUGGGCCCACGAAGUCUUCAGCUCCCGAAGCUCCGAGGUGGUUCUGAGCGGGGAUGAUGAGGACUACCAGCGCAUCUACACCACGAAGAUCAAGCCUCGGCUGAGGUCAGACGAUGGACUAGAAGGGGAUCCUGGGGAGACCCAGAGCCGCACCAUCACGGUGACUAGAAGGGUCACGGCCUACACUGUCGAUGUGACAGGCCGCGAAGGAGCCAGGGAGAUCGAUAUCAGCAGCCCAGAGUUCAAGAUCAAGAUUCCACGGCAUGAACUGACGGAAAUCUCCACUGUGGAUGUGGACACCCACUCUGGCCAGACAGUGAUCAGACUGCCCUCGGGCCCGGGGGCAGUGUCUCCUACCGCAGGCUCAGUUGUGGACAUCCGAGCGGGGUCCGUUUCCGCUUCAGGACUAGAGCUCCAAGGUGCUGGCCACUCGAAGCUCCAGGUCACCGUGCCUGGGAUAAAGGUGGGGAGCCCAGGUGUCAAUGUCAGUGCAAAAGGCUUGAACUUGGGUGGCAAAAGAGGGGUCCAAGUUCCAGGAGUGGACAUUUCGUCUUCUCUUGGGGGGGGAGCGGUGGAGGUGCAGGACCCGUCUCUGGAGAGUGGCAAUAAUGGGAAAAUUAAAAUUCCCACUAUGAAGGUGCCAAAAUUCAGUGUCUCAACAGCACCUGAGGGCCAGGCACCAGUGGCAGGGUUGAGCGUUUCUGUACCUGAAUUCUCUGUGGAGCACAAGGGUGGCAAGCCAGGCCUGACCAUUGGCGGGAACAUCCAGACCCCUCAGCUAGAAGUCAGUGCUCCUUCUGCCAAUAUUGAGGGGUACGAGGGGAAGCUGAAGGGCCCCCAGAUCACUGGGCCAUCCCUUGAGAGUAACCUAGGCCUGAAAGGUGCCAAGCCACAGGGGAGCAUAGGGGUGGACAUCUCAGGGCCCCAAAUCGAGGGCACUCUCAGCGGCUCCAAUGUGGAAGUUCAAGCCCCUGACAUUGAUAUUCAUGGUCCUGGGGGCAAACUGAAUAUGCCCAAGGUGAAAGUUCCCAAAUUCUCUGUAUCAGGUUCUAAGGGAGGGGGAGCUGGCAUUGAUGUGGCACUGCCCACAGGUGAAGUGACUCUUCCUGGGAUGUCUGGGGACGUCAGCCUGCCUGAAGUUGCUGCUGGGGGGCUGGAAGGGAAGGUGAAGGGUACGAAAGUCAAGACUCCUGAAAUGAGCAUACAGAAACCUAAAAUCUCCAUGCAGGAUGUGGAUCUGAGCCUUGGAUCCCCUAAACUGAAGGGAGAUAUUAAGGUUUCAGUGCCUGGGGUGCAAGGUGAUGUUAAAGGCCCUCAAGUGGCAGUUAAGGGCUCCAAAGUGGACAUAAAGACACCUAGUCUUGAGGGGACCCUGACGGGACCCACGCUUAGUAGUCCUUCUGGGAAAACAGGAACGUGCAGGAUCUCUAUGACAGAUGUAGAUCUCAGUGUGGCUGCACCUAAAGUGAAAGGGGGUGUAGAUGUCACACUCCCCAAAGUAGAAGGGAAAGCCAAAGUCCCUGAAGUGGAUGUCAAAGACCCCAAAGUGGAUGUCAGUGCCCCAGGUGUGGAAGUUCAUGGCCCAGAAUGGAACCUGAAAAUGCCCAGGUUCAGCCCUCCAGGAGUUGAAGGGGAAGGCCCAGAUGUAGAUGUGAAACUACCCAAAGAUGUCAGUAUUUUGGGGCCCAAGGUCAAUGUGGAGGCCCCAAAUGUCAACAUAGGGGGUCUGGGAGGCAAACUUAAAGGCCCUGAUAUUAAGCUGCCUGAAGUGAGUGUCAAGACACCAAAGAUCUCCAUACCUGAUGUCGAUUUGCAUGUUAAAGGCACAAAGGUAAAAGGAGAGUAUGAUGUAACAGUCCCAAAACUUGAAGGGGAAUUGAAAGGCCCCAAAGUGGACCUUGAUGCCCCAGAUGUGGAUGUUCAGGGCCCAGACUGGCAUCUGAAGAUGCCCAAGAUGAAAAUGCCCAAAAUCAGUGUGCCAGGGUUCAAAGCAGAGGGCCCAGAAGUGGAUGUGAACCUGCCCAAGGCUGAUGUGGACAUUUCUGGGCCCAAGGUAGAUGUUAGUGCUCCAGAUGUGAGCAUUGAGGGACCAGAAGGGAAAUUGAAAGGACCUAAGUUUAAGAUACCUGAGAUGAAUAUCAAAGCCCCAAAGAUCUCCAUGCCAGAUGUGGACUUACAUUUGAAAGGCCCUAAAGUAAAAGGAGAAUACGAUGUCACAGUGCCAAAAGUGGAAGGUGAGAUUAAAGUUCCUGAUGUUGAACUUAAAAGUGCCAAAGUGGAUAUCGAUGUUCCAGAUGUUGAUGUUCACGGCCCAGACUGGCACCUGAAGAUGCCCAAAAUGAAAAUGCCCAAGUUCAGCAUGCCAGGCUUCAAAGCAGAGGGCCCAGAAGUGGACGUGAACCUGCCCAAGACUGACAUUGACAUCUCGGGACCCACGGUGGACGUUGAAGUUCCAGAUGUGAACAUCGAAGGACCUGAAGGAAAGCUGAAGGGUACCAAGUUUAAGAUGCCUGAGAUGAAUAUCAAGACCCCUAAGAUCUCUAUGCCUGAAUUGGAUUUGCAUAUGAAAGGUCCCAAGGUAAAGGGAGAAUAUGAUGUUACGGUGCCAAAGAUGGAAGGGGAACUCAAAGGGCCAAAAGUAGAUGUCAGUGCCCCAGAUGUUGAAGUUCAUGGUCCUGAAUGGAACCUAAAGAUGCCCAAGAUGAAAAUGCCCAAAUUUACCAUGCCCAGCCUCAAAGGGGAGGGCCCAGAAGUGGAUGUGAGCCUGCCCAAGGCUGAUGUGGACAUUUCUGCACCCAAGGUAGAUAUUAGUGCUCCAGAUUUGAGCCUUGAAGGACCAGAAGGAAAGUUGAAAGGCCCCAAGUUUAAGAUGCCUGAGAUGCACUUCAAGGCUCCCAAGAUCUCCAUGCCUGAUGUGAACUUGAAUCUUAAGGGGCCAAAACUAAAGGGAGAUGUGGAUGUGUCUGUGCCAAAAUUGGAAGGAGAUUUGAAAGGGCCCAUUGUGGACGUGGAGAUGCCUGAUGUUGAUCUGGAAUGUCCUGAUGCAAAGCUGAAAGGCCCUAAGUUUAAGAUGCCAGACAUGCACUUCAAGACCCCCAAGAUCUCCAUGCCUGAUGUGGACUUACACUUGAAAGGCCCCAAAGUGAAAGGGGAUGUGGAUGUGUCUGUGCCCAAGAUAGAAGGUGAAAUGAAAGUGCCAGAUGUGGACAUUAAAGGCCCCAAAAUAGACAUUGAUGCCCCAGAUGUGGAUGUUCAUGGCCCAGACUGGCACCUGAAGAUGCCCAAGAUGAAAAUGCCCAAGUUCAGUAUGCCUGGCUUCAAAGGCGAGGGACCAGAUGUGGAUGUGAACCUACCCAAGGCUGACAUUGACAUCUCUGGACCCAAGGUGGACAUUGAAGCCCCGGAUAUGAACACUGAGGGUCCAGAAGGUAAACUGAAAGGUCCGAAGUUCAAGAUGCCUGAAAUGCACUUUCAUGCGCCUAAGAUCUCCAUGCCUGAUGUUGAUUUCAACUUAAAAGGGCCUAAAACCAAAGGAGACUUUGAUGUUUCUGCCCCAAAGCUGGAGGGAGAGUUAACGGGUCCAGAAGUGGAUGUCAGAGGUCCCAAAUUGGAUGUUGACAUGCCAGACAUAGCUGUGGAAGGUCCAGAUGGCAAAUGGAAAAGUCCUAAAUUUAAGAUGCCAGACAUGCACUUUAAAGCUCCCAAAAUAUCCAUGCCAGACAUUGAUCUACACUUAAAAAGUCCCAAGAUAAAGGGAGAGGUGGAUGUUGAUGUUCCCAAACUGCAAGGUGACCUCAAAGGGCCAGACCUCAAAGAUGACAUCAGUGGGCCAGAUAUCAACAUCGAAGGACCAGAGGGCAAAUUGAAAGGUCCCAAGUUCAAGAUGCCUGACAUGCAUUUCAAAGCCCCAAAUAUUUCUAUGCCUGAUGUGGACCUAAAUUUGAAAGGACCAAAAAUCAAGGGGGAUGUUGAUGUGUCUGUGCCUGAGGUAGAAGGUAAAAUUAAAGUACCAGAUGUGAACAUCAAGGGCCCCAAAGUAGACAUAAAUGCUCCUGAUGUUCAUGGCCCAGACUGGCACCUGAAAAUGCCCAAAAUGAAAAUGCCCAAGUUCAGCAUGCCUGGUUUCAAAGCAGAGGGUCCAGAGGUAGACGUGAAUCUUCCCAAGGCUGACAUUGAUGUCUCAGGACCCAAAGUUGACAUUGAAGCCCCAGAUAUGAGCAUCGAGGGUCCAGAGGGAAAAAUCAAGGGGCCUAAAUUUAAGAUGCCAGAAAUGAACAUCAAACCUCCCAAGAUCUCCAUGCCAGAUGUAGAUUUACACUUGAAAAGUCCUAAGGUCAAAGGUGAUGUGGACAUUUCCCUGCCUAAGGUGGAAGGUGACCUGAAGGCCCCCAAAGGGGACAUUGAUGUCCCAGAUGUUGAUGCUCAGGGCCCAGACUGGCACCUGAAAAUGCCCAAGAUGAAAAUGCCCAAGUUCAGCAUGCCUGGCUUCAAAGGAGAGGGCCCAGAAGUGGAUGUGAACCUGCCCAAGGCUGACAUUGAUGUCUCAGGACCCAAGGUGGACAUUGAUGUUCCCGAUGUGAAUAUUGAAGGUCCAGAUGCAAAACUGAAGGGCCCCAAGUUCAAGAUGCCAGAGAUGAACAUCAAAGCUCCAAAGAUAUCCAUGCCAGAUUUGGACCUUAACCUUAAAGGCCCUAAGAUGAAAGGAGAGGUGGAUGUUUCCCUUCCAAAUGUAGAAGGUGAUGUGAAAGGGCCUACUCUUGACAUCAAGGGUCCAAAGAUAGAUGUAGAUGCUCCAGAUAUUGACACUCAUGGCCCUGAAGGCAAAUUGAAAGGUCCCAAACUGAAGAUGCCAGACAUGCAUGUAAACAUGCCCAAGAUCUCCAUGCCAGAAAUUGACCUGAAUUUGAAAGGGACAAAACUUAAGGGAGAUGUUGAUGUUUCUGGGCCCAAAUUGGAAGGUGACAUUAAAGCUCCCAAGUUGGAUGUAAAGGGUCCAGAAGUGGACAUUUCUGGUCCUAAGGUCAAUCUUGAAGGCAAGUCAAAGAAAUCACGUUUUAAGCUUCCUAAAUUUAACUUUUCAGGCUCCAAAGUUCCGACACCUGAGGUGGAUGUCAAAGUUAAAAAGCCAGAUAUUGAUGUGACAGGUCCAAAAGUUGAUAUUAAUGCUCCUGAUGUUGAGGUUCAAGGGAAAGUGAAAGGAUCCAAGUUCAAAAUGCCUUUCCUGAGUAUUUCAUCUCCUAAAGUUUCUAUGCCUGAUGUGGAGUUAAAUCUGAAAGGUCCUAAAGUUAAAGGAGACUUAGAUGUUACAGCUCCUAAUUUAGAAGGUGACGUUAAAGGACCCAAAGUAGAUAUUAAAGCACCAGAAGUUCAUCUUGAUGCACCUGAUGUGGAUGUUCAUGGUCCAGAUUGGAAUUUGAAAAUGCCCAAAAUGAAAAUGCCCAAGUUUGGUGUGCCCGGCUUAAAAGCGGAAGGGCCGGAAAUGGCUGUGGAUCUGCCAAAAGGAGAUAUCAACAUAGAAGGCCCCAGAGUGGACAUUGAGGGUCCAGAAAUCAAAGUGGAAGGUGCAGAAGGAGGCUUAAAAGGUCCCAAACUCAAGAUGCCUGACAUGAAUAUCAAAACUCCCAAGAUCUCCAUGCCUGACAUUGAUUUAGACCUGAAGGGCCCCAAAGUGAAAGGUGAUAUGGAUGUUUCUCUGCCCAAAGUUGAAGGGGAUCUGAAAGGGCCAGAGAUUGAUAUCAAAGGGCCCAAAGUGGACAUUGAUGCCCCUGGUGUGGAUGUUCAUGGCCCAGACUGGCACCUAAAAAUGCCCAAGGUGAAAAUGCCAAAGUUCAGCAUGCCUGGCUUCAAAGGUGAAGGCCCAAAUGUGGAUGUUACCCUCCCUAAAGCUGACAUUGAUAUUUCUGGCCCCAAAGUGGACAUUGAUGCCCCAGAUGUGAGUAUUGAAGGUCCAGAUGCAAAACUGAAGGGCCCCAAGUUCAAGAUGCCUGAGAUGAACAUCAAAGCCCCCAAAAUCUCCAUGCCUGACCUUGAUCUGAACUUGAAGGGCCCCCAAAUAAAAGGUGAUGUGGAUAUGUCUUUGCCAAAAGUAGAAGGUGACCUAAAGGGCCCUGAGGUGGACAUAAAGGGCCCCAAAGUGGACAUCGACACUCCUGAUAUUAACAUUGAAGGCCCAGAGGGGAAACUGAAGGGGCCCAAAUUCAAGAUGCCAGAGAUGCACCUAAAGACUCCUAAGAUUUCCAUGCCUGAUACUGAUUUAAACCUGAAGGGCCCCAAGGUGAAGGGCAAUGUGGAUGUUUCCCUUCCCAAGUUUGAAGGGGAUCUGAAAGGCCCUGAAGUGGACCUCAAAGGUCCCAAAGUGGGCAUUGAUGCCCCUGAUGUGGAUGUUCAUGGACCAGACUGGCACCUGAAAAUGCCCAAGAUGAAAAUGCCCAAGUUCGGCAUGCCUGGCUUCAAAGGAGAGGGCCCAGAAGUGGACGUGAACCUGCCCAAAGCUGACAUUGAUGUCUCAGGACCCAAGGUGGACAUUGAUGUUCCAGAUGUGAAUAUCGAAGGUCCAGAUGCAAAACUGAAGGGCCCCAAGUUCAAGAUGCCUGAGAUGAACAUCAAAGCCCCCAAGAUCUCCAUGCCUGACUUUGAUUUGCACCUGAAAGGUCCUAAGAUGAAAGGAGAUGUGGAUGUUUCUCUGCCCAAGGUGGAAGGUGACCUAAAGGCCCCUGAAGUUGACAUCAAAGGGCCCAAAGUGGACAUUGAUGUCCCUGAUGUGGACGUUCAUGGUCCAGACUGGCACCUGAAGAUGCCCAAGGUGAAAAUGCCCAAGUUCAGCAUGCCUGGCUUCAAAGGCGAGGGCCCCGAUGUGGAUGUGAACCUGCCCAAAGCUGACAUUGACAUCUCAGGACCCAAGGUGGACAUAGACGCUCCUGAUGUUGACAUUCAUGGCCCAGAAGGGAAACUGAAGGGUCCCAAGUUUAAAAUGCCUGACCUGCACCUCAAGACACCCAAGAUCUCCAUGCCUGAAGUGGACCUGAAUCUGAAGGGUCCCAAGGUAAAGGGUGAUGUGGAUGUGUCUCUGCCCGAAGUGGAAGGUGACCUAAAGGCCCCUGAAGUUGACAUCAAGGGCCCCAGAGUGGACAUCGACGUCCCAGAUGUGGAUGUUCAUGGCCCAGACUGGCACCUGAAGAUGCCCAAGGUGAAAAUGCCCAAGUUCAGCAUGCCUGGCUUCAAAGGAGAGGGCCCAGAAGUGGAUGUGAACCUGCCAAAGGCUGACAUUGAUAUUUCUGGCCCCAAAGUGGACAUUGAUGCCCCAGAUAUGAAUAUUGAAGGUCCAGAUGCAAAAUUGAAGGGCCCCAAGUUCAAAAUGCCGGAGAUGAACAUCAAAGCUCCCCAAAUCUCCAUGCCUGACCUUGACUUUAACCUGAAGGGCCCCAAAAUGAAGGGUGAUGUGGAUGUUUCUUUGCCCAAGGUGGAAGGUGACUUCAAGGGCCCUGAAAUUGACAUCAAGGGCCCCAAAUUGGACAUCGACACUCCUGAUAUCAAUAUUGAAGGCCCAGAAGGAAAAUUGAAGGGCCCCAAAUUUAAGAUGCCAGAGAUGCAUAUUAAAGCACCCAAGAUCUCCAUGCCUGACUUUGAUUUAAAUUUGAAAGGGCCAAAAGUAAAGGGUGAUGUGGACCUUUCAUUACCUAAGGUGGAAGGUGAUCUAAAAGGGCCAGAGGUGGGCAUUGAAGGUCCUGAAGGGAAACUCAAAGGUUCCAAAUUUAAGAUGCCUGAUGUCCAUUUCAAAACCCCACAAAUCUCCAUGAGCGACAUUGAUUUGAACUUGAAAGGACCUAAGAUAAAGGGAGAUUUGGAUAUUUCCAUUCCUAAACUGGAAGGAGAUCUGAAAGGCCCCAAAGUGGAUGUUAAAGGGCCUAAUCUGGACAUAGACAUGCCUGAUGUUGACAUUCAUGGCCCAGAAGGGAAACUGAAGGGUCCCAAGUUUAAAAUGCCAGACUUGCACCUCAAGACACCCAAGAUCCCUAUGCCUGAAGUGGACCUGAAUCUGAAGGGUCCCAAGGUAAAGGGUGAUGUGGAUGUGUCUCUGCCCAAAGUGGAAGGUGACCUAAAGGCCCCAGAAGUUGACAUCAAGGGCCCCAAAGUGGACAUCGACGUCCCAGAUGUGGAUGUUCAUGGCCCAGACUGGCACCUGAAGAUGCCCAAGGUGAAAAUGCCCAAGUUCAGCAUGCCUGGCUUCAAAGGAGAGGGCCCAGAAGUGGAUGUGAACCUGCCAAAGGCUGACAUUGAUAUUUCUGGCCCCAAAGUGGACAUUGAUGCCCCGGAUGUGAAUAUUGAAGGUCCAGACGCGAAACUGAAGAGUCCCAAGUUCAAGAUGCCAGAGAUAAACAUCAAAGCUCCCAAAAUCUCCAUGCCUGAUGUUGACCUGGAUUUGAAAGGAUCCAAAGUCAAAGGAGAUUUUGAUGUGUCCGUCCCUAAGAUUGAAGGUACUUUCAAAGGCCCAGAAGUAGACCUUAAAGGUUCAGGUCUGGAUUUUGAAGGCCCGGAUGCCAGGUUCAGUGGCCCAAAUUUGAAGAUGCCAUCGUUGGAUAUAUCUGCCCCUAAAGUAACUGUUCCUGAUGUUGAUUUGCAUUUCAAGGCACCCAAAAUUGGGGUUUCUGGUCCCAAAUUGGAAGGUGCUGAACUGGACCUCAAAGGGCCCAAAGUUGAUUUAGAAGCUCCAAGCUUAGAUGUACACACAGAGAGCCCAGAUAUUAAUAUUGAGGGGCCAGACAUUAAAAUUCCCAAAUUUAGGAAACCCAAGUUUGGUUUUGGGGCAAAAAGCCCUAAAGCUGACUUUAAGUCACCUUCCCUGGAUGUGACCAUUCCUGAGGCAGAGCUGAAUGUUGAGACUCCUGAAAUUAGUGUUGGUGGCAAGGGCAAGAAGAGUAAGUUUAAAAUGCCAAGAAUUCACAUGAGUGGCCCUAAAAUGAAGGCCAAAAAACAGGGAUUUGACUUGAAUGUUCCCGGGAACGAAAUUGAUGCCAGUCUCAAGCCUCCUGAUGUAGAUGUCAAUGUUGCCGGGCCAGACGCCGCACUUAAAGCUGAUGUGAAAUCCCCCAAAACCAAGAAACCUAUGUUUGGGAAAAUGUACUUUCCAGAUGUAGAAUUUGACAUUAAAUCACCUAAAUUCAAAGCUGAGGCCCCCCUCCCUAGCCCCAAACUGGAGGGUGAAAUCCAGGCACCUGAUGUGGAUAUUUCUUCUCCUGGGAUUCAUGUGGAAGGUCCCGAUAUCAAGCUGAAGGCUCCCAAGAUCAAGCUGCCCGGUAUGGAUGUCUCAGGGGGAAAAAUAGAGGGUGACUUGAAAGGCCCCAGGGUGCAGGCGAACUUGGACGCACCUGACAUCAACAUUGAAGGCCCAGAUGCUAAAGUCAAAGCCCCGUCGUUCGGCAUUUCUGGCCCUCAGGUCUCCAUCCCCGAUGUGAACGUUAGCUUGAAAGGACCAAAGAUAAAGGGUGAUGUCCCCAUUGUGGGACUGGAAGGACCAGACGUAGAUCUGCAAGGUCCAGAAUCAAAGAUCAAAUUCCCCAAGUUUUCAAUGCCCAAGAUCAGCGUCCCUGGUGUGAAGAUGGAAGGGGUAGGAGCUGAGGUCCAUGCCCAGCUGCCCUCUCUCGGAGGAGGCUUGAGUGCACCUGAUGUUAAGCUUGAAGGGCCGGAUGUGUCUCUGAAAGGGCCAAGAGUAGACUUGCCUUCAGUGAACCUCUCUAUGCCAAAAGCCUCUGGACCUGGCCUUGACCUGAACUUGAAAGGACCAAGUUUGAAGGGAGACCUGGAUGCCUCUGUUCCCGGUGUGAAGGUGCACUCCCCAGGGCUUGACCUCAGAGGUCAAGGUGGAAAGGUGAGGAUGGAAGGAGACAGUGUGAAAGUGCCUGGGAUCGACGCCACGCUAAACCUGGGCACCCCAGAUGUGACCCUGAAGGGACCAAGCCUGCAGGGAGACCUGGCUGUCUCUGGUGACAUCAAAUGCCCUAAAGUAUCAGUAGGUGCUCCUGAUCUAAGCUUGGAGGCCCCUGAAGGUGGCAUUAAACUUCCCCAAAUGAAGCUGCCCCAGUUUGGCAUCUCGACUUCAGGGUCCGACUUGGACAUGAAUGUCAAAGGGCCACAAGUGACUGGAGAACUACAGGCUCCAGGCAUCGGUGUGAACCUCGGAGGCCUGAACCUGAAAGGGCCUCAGAUCUCUGGCCCUCAAAUCUCAGCACCAGACAUGGACCUGAACUUGGAAGGACCAAAAAUAAAAGGGAGCCUCGGGGCCACUGGUGAAAUGAAAGGCCCCACUGUUGGAGGAGGUCUUCCGGGCAUCAGUGUUCAAGGCCUCGAAGGAAACGUCCAGAUGCCUGGAAUUAAGUCCUCUGGAUAUGGUGUGGAGCUGCCAGGCGUGAGUGUGAAACUCCCAACGGGGCAAAUUUCUGGUCCCGCAAUCAAAGGCGAUCUGAAAGGUUCAGGAAUAGGUUUCCAUGGGGCUGCUCCCGACAUUAGCGUCAAGGGGCCUUCACUUAAUGUGGCCUCUCCUGAGUCAGAUUUCGGUGUCAGCUUGAAGGGCCCGAAAAUCAAAGGUGUGGAUGUUUCAGGGGGUGUCAGUGCCCCAGCUGUCAGCCUGGGCGAAGGGAACGUGAACGUCAAAGGACCCCAGGCCUCCUCCACUCUCAACUUGGAUGCACCUAAGUUUGCUGGGGGACUUCAUUUCUCAGGACCAAAGGUAGAAGGAGGUGUGAAAGGAGGCCAGGUUGGACUCCAGGGUCCUGGGCUGAGUGUGUCUGCGUCUCCAGGUCACUUGGAAAGCAGAUCUGGAAAAGUAACAUUCCCCAAGAUGAAGAUCCCCAAAUUCACCUUCUCUGGCCGUGAGCUGGUUGGCAGAGAAGUGGGGGUAGAUAUUAACUUCCCUAAAGCGGAGGCCACUGUCCAGGCUGGGACCGGAGAGGGAGAGUGGGAAGAGUCUGACGUAAAACUUAAGAAGUCCAAAAUCAAAAUGCCCAAGUUCAAUUUUUCCAAACCUAAAGGGAAAGGUGGUGUCACGGGCUCCCCGGAAGCAUCCAUUUCAGGGUCCAAAGGCGACCUGAAGAGCUCGAAGGCCAGCCUGGGUUCUCUGGAAGGAGACGCCGAGGCUGACACGUCAUCACCCAAAGGCAAAUUCUCCUUAUUUAAAAGUAAGAAGCCCCGGCACCGCUCAAAUUCCUUCAGCGACGAACGGGAGCUCUCGGCGCCUUCCACCCCGACGGGGACUUUGGAGUUUGAAGGUGGGGAAGUGUCACUGGAAGGCGGGAAAGUCAAAGGGAAACACGGAAAGCUGAAAUUUGGUACCUUUGGUGGAUUGGGGUCAAAGAGCAAAGGUCAUUACGAGGUGACUGGGAGCGAUGACGAGACAGGCAAGUUACAGGGAAGUGGAGUGUCCUUGGCCUCUAAGAAGUCCCGACUGUCUUCUUCUUCCAGCAAUGACAGUGGGUCUAAGGUUGGCAUCCAGCUUCCCGAGGUGGAGUUGGUGGUUUCCAAGAAAGAGUAGCAGGCCUCUAUGUGUGUGUACAUAUAUGUAUAAAAAUACACCAGCCUUGGGUGUGUUUGUAUAUAAACUCCAGAGAGAAACACGCCGACAGCCUCAGUGUAAUGCAGAGAUCUGGCCUCUGCCCGUGCCAAGUGCUGAAAAAGCCAACCAGCCGCCUUAGUUCCCCCGGCCCGGAGCUUUACAGAUACAGGAACUAAGGGUUCCAAGUUCGUCCAGCCCAUGUGCAGAGCCAACAGUAUUUGCCUUGAGAUUACAGUUUUGUUUUGUUUUGUUUUUUUUGCAUUGAAUGCUGAGAGCUCCUGUUUACUAAGCAAGCUUUUGUGUUUAUUAUCCUCAUUUUUACUGAACAUUGUUAGUGUCGGGGUAAUGGAAACCCACUUUUUCACUGUAAUGACUUUGGGGGCUUUUGUUAGUAAGGGUGGGGUGGGGUAGAAGGCAGUAGAGGGGGCCAGACCUCCAUUUCUCCUAAGAUUGGAUCUGUUCAAACAGGGAACACCCAGGGAGGGCCGAGAGGAGCCGCCAGGCAGGGCGCAUGGGUGUCUUUAGGUCUCUUUAGCAUUGCUUUUUUCCCCCAGGGGUGGCGGUCCUAGCCAGUUUGGUGUUCACGGUGAGACGGAAUUAGAAUCUGUUUGCAAAUUGGCCGAUGUCCCCCCAGCUCAACACGUUCUGUGCAUUGUGGGAGAAAUGUUUCCUUCAUGGCCGCCACCUUCCUGAGACUAGUUCUGAUUUCUUUUAAUAAAUGUUACCGUGAUUAAGAAAAUUUCCCGCACUUUAAUGGCAAAUUAAUUGAGAAUGUAAGAAAAUCGAUGCUGUCAAAGGCAAAUAAAGCUGUUUAUUAACCCUGA